UGGACACAUGCAGAGAUACAGUCGAAUCGCUAUCGAUUCCACUGGGAAGUGCACUGACCCCUCCGCACAACUUCAGCUGUUUCAAAGCUAUUUCUUUCUUUGAUGUGUUUCUAACUCCACCUUCUCUGGUCACAGAGAUAGACCCCCGCCCUUCGCAGGCUGCUUUGUACAGAUAGUACUGUUGCACGAGUGUUGUGUAGUUGUGCUCAGGAUGGACUGAGUUGAUAAGUAAAGAUUACAGUGCGGAGCUGAACAGCAACUCUUGUCUGGUUAUCCGGGAGGAGUCACCUCCUCACAAACAGGGAAACCGAAAGCAGUUUUGAAUCAUUUGCUGAGGGUGAAAUGGCUUCUCAACACCAGACUGACAGUCUGACCGAGGAGUUAAAAUGUUCGGUUUGUCUGGAUCUCUUUACUGACCCGGUCACCCUGGAUUGUGGCCACAACUUUUGCCGCUCCUGUAUCACACAGAGCUGGGAAAACAGGGAGAGCAAAGCCUGUCCCGAAUGCAGAACAGUCUUUGCCAACAGUAUUAUGAGGGGCAACUGGAGCCUGGCGAGGAUGGUGGAGAAAGCUCAUCAGCUGAACAUAGCCCCAGUGAAGACGGGAAGAAAACUUCACUGUGAGAAGCAUCAGGAGGAACUGAAGCUGUUCUGUGAAACAGACAAGAAACUGAUGUGUGUGAUUUGCAGAGACGCCCGAGAACACAGAACCCACAGCUUCAUCCCCAUAGCGGAGGCUGUUCAGAUCUAUAAGCAGGAUAAAGUGAACUCCUCCUUAGCUUCUCUCACACAGAGGAAGGCCGCGGCUCUAGAAGCUGAAGGGAAGCAGAAAGAAAAGAUUUCACAAGUGAAGGAACAGACGGACAGUCUGGAGAACCACAUCAUGGCUGAGUUUGCCAAAAUGCACCAGAGCCUCACUGACAGAGAGCAGCGUGUGAUCCGAGAGCUCAGACAGCGAGAGGAGGAGGUUUUACACCGAAUGGAGAAAAAUCUGGUAGAGAUUCGGGGCAAAUUAGUUUCUGUUCAGCAAAAGCUCUCAGAGUUACAGAAACAGAUGGAAAAAGACGCUGUCACCUUUCUGCAGGAGGAAACUGCUCGGAAGAGAAGGAUCAGUGAUGAGGAAUUUACAGUGUCAGUGUCUGAGGGGGAUCUGCCGGUGGGGAUAUACAAAUGGCCUCUGAGGAACAUCGUCUGGAGAGAGCUGAUGGACAGCAUCAGCCCAGCUCCGGCCGCUCUGACUCUGGAUCCUGACACAGCCCAUCCCCGGCUCAUCCUGUCUGAGGACCUGACCAGUGUGAGACACGGAGACAAAGAGCAGCCGCUCCCUGUCUCCCCGAAGAGGUUCAGUUACUAUCUCAUCGUCCUGGGAUCUGAGGGCUUCACAUCAGGGAGACAUUACUGGGAGGUGCAGGUGGGCAACAAGACUGCGUGGAUUGUGGGAGUGGCCACAGAGUCUGUCAACAGGAAACAACCAAUCACUUGGUCACCAGCGGGUGGGGUCUGGGGGGUGGGGCUGGUGGGUGGGGUCUAUGUGGCUCUGACCUCACCCCCCACCCUCCUGCCCCUGACAGUGAGACCCGGGAAGGUCGGGGUGUACCUGGACUAUGAGGGGGGACAGGUGUCAUUUUACAACGCUGACAACAUGUCCCAUCUCCACACUUUCACCCACACUUUCACUGAGAAGCUUUAUCCUCUCCUCAGUCCCCACCAGAGCGAUGGCGGGAAAAACUCUGAGCCGCUGAGAAUCUGCUGAUUAUAGCACAUUAACAGUGACGUGGUUUUACUUCAGUUUCCGUGUGGUUCACUGUCUGCCGUUUAAGGGGAUACGGGGUGGGAGCGGGCGAUGUGGGGGUGGGGGGGGAUUACGGGAGAAGAUAGACGUUUGUUUCCGCUGUUGACCUUUCUGUUGUGUUUGGGAUAUUUUGAACUUAACAAAACUUUGCAUUUCAUGUUAAGUAAUGUAAUUUUCAAACAGAAAUUGCUGAGUGUCUUUGGUUCCUCUGUUCACGGCUCCUUAUUCAAAGGAAGGCUAUAAAGAAUAAGUUGGUCUUAUUCUGCUCAUUGCCCAGAACCCAACAGUUUGUGACUGGAUUCAACCCAAUGUAAUAAUUGCUUCAAAUAAAAUAAAUGGGUCGCUUCAAUCCA